AUAUAAUAGGUAUUUUUGUGGCCAUUGGCCACAGCAGCUGUUACGCGAACGAGAGAGAAUAGUCCUAACCAAACCGUAAAAAUGCUGCGUACAUUGUCACGCGUUAGUGAAUUGCCAAUUGUUGUAAAACAAUUGCAAAAAAAUGCAGCACAGUCUGGUGUCGCAAAGACCAACAACUAUGCCACGGAGGCGACCGUGCAGGUUAAUCGGCCGUUUAAACUGCAUCGGCUGGACGAGGGACCCGAGAUGACAGUGCAGCUGACCAAGGAGGAGGCACUCAAAUACUAUACACAAAUGCAAACGAUACGACGCAUUGAGACAUCCGCUGGCAAUCUGUACAAGGAGAAGAUCAUACGCGGCUUUUGCCAUCUGUAUUCGGGCCAGGAGGCGUGCGCCGUUGGCAUGAAGGCGGCGAUGCGCGAUGUCGAUAACAUAAUAUCCGCCUAUCGUGUGCAUGGCUGGACCUAUCUGAUGGGUGUAUCCCCGCUGGGUGUCCUCGCCGAACUGACGGGCAUGAAGAGCGGUUGUGCACGCGGCAAGGGCGGCUCUAUGCACAUGUAUUCCCCAAAUUUCUAUGGCGGCAACGGCAUUGUCGGAGCCCAAGUGCCCCUCGGCGCCGGCGUUGGCCUCGCCUGCAAAUACAAGGGCAACGGCGGCAUGUGCCUGGCUCUAUAUGGCGAUGGUGCUGCCAAUCAGGGACAGGUCUUUGAGGCCUAUAACAUGGCUUAUCUGUGGAAGCUGCCGGUCAUCUUUGUCUGCGAGAACAACAACUAUGGCAUGGGCACCAGCUCGGAGCGCGCUUCGUGCAACACGGAUUAUUAUACGCGCGGCGAUGCUCUGCCCGGCAUUUGGGUGGACGGCAUGGAUGUGUUGGCUGUGCGCAGUGCCACCGAGUUUGCCAUCAAGUAUGUGAACACACAUGGGCCACUGGUUAUGGAGACGAAUACUUAUCGGUAUUCGGGACAUUCGAUGUCCGAUCCUGGAACAUCGUAUCGUACGCGCGAGGAAAUCCAGGAGGUGCGCCAGAAGCGUGAUCCGAUUACCUCCUUCAAGGAGCUGUGCAUUGAGCUGGGCCUCAUUACCACCGAUGAAGUUAAGGCCAUUGAUCUGAAGGUGCGCAAGGAAGUGGAUGAAGCUACUGCCUUGGCCAAGUCCGACACUGAGCUGCCCCUUAGCCAUUUGUGGACCGAUGUCUACUCUCAUAAUUUGGAGAAAAAGAUACGCGGCACUAACGGUUUCGAUAUAGAUCACAUCCAGGAGCGUAAGGGUGUCAAUCACUAAAAGAAUCCAAGUACAACGAAUCGAUAAAAUGAUACACACACCCACACACCGAACACACAUACACACACCCACACACACACACACACAUAAAAAACACAGCAAGCGAAAUCUCUAGAUCUUAAGCCCAAAGUUCAUGGUAGAAAAACUAUUAUAUUUUUUUUUUACUGCGUUUAGACGAGUUGAUAUGCAUAAAUAAGCAUUGUGAAUCAUGUUUAGCCGUAUCGUGGAUGACGACGAAACGAGAAAAGAGAAUACCGUUGAAGUCGGAGAAAUGCAGUUAAAUAGAAUGAAAAAGACACAUAACGUAGCUAACCACAAAUUGUGCACACCCUGUCUUUCCCGCAAUAUACACACAUACACACACAUACACACACACACACUCAAUUACUCAGCAUGGGUCAGUGGCAAUAGCAAAAGAUAUUAUAUAUGUUCAAUACGGUUAGGGCCAAGUGUAUAUUGUUUAAAUAUAAAAUAUACAUCCAUUCAGUCAUAA